AUGGAAAAUAGGAAGCAAGAGCUUAAGAGAAAUAGCAUCAAUGUGCAUCAAAGGCUUGGAACAGAUGUCCACGUGACAUCAGAGGAGAUGGAUAUGGAAAGAAGAAACACAAAAGCAUAUGAGUAUCUUUGUAGACUGGAGGAGGCAAAGACAUGGAUAGGAGAAUUUGUAAAUGUACCUGAAACAUUUGAAGAGUUUGAGGAUGAGAUGAAGCGAGGAAUGGUGUUGGCAGAGGUGUGCAGAGCAUUUGCUCCAAGAUGUGUCAAGAGCGUGUUUAAUGGAAGCAUUCUUCAGUAUAGACAUACAGACAACAUCAACUAUUUUCUGGAUGGGAUUGUGCAGGUGGGACUGCCUAAACAUUUUCAUUUUGAAGUGAUUGAUUUGUAUGAAGGGAAGAAUUUUGCAAAAGUGAUAUAUUGUGUUCAUGCGCUUGCACACUUUUUGAGUUCGAAGGGAAUAUCGAGAAGCAUAAAAAGUGCAAGGGGAAUGGUGUUUUCAGAGGAUGAUAUGGCAAGGGCGGAUGUACAAGUUGAGAACAUGCUGAUGCCUAAAUUUGAUGAGAUUGGAGAAAAGUUAUGGGAGAAUUUGAAGAAGGAGGAAAUGGAGCACGAGAACAAUGAAGCAAAGGCUGAGAGUGAUGUGGAGCAAUACGAUGCAAUUAUUGAAGACAACGAAUGCAGUUUUUUUUCAGAAGAUAUGAGUAUGUGUGGAGAGUAUGUUGAGAUAGUGAAGUUGACUCUAAAAACAUUUCUGUACAAGAAGUGUUUUGAUGACAUAUAUUUCAGGAAGGACGCAUCUUUCUUUUCUAUAAAGAAGCUUGCAUUUUUGUUUUUUGGCGUCUCACCUGAGAUGGGCAAAGAGAACCAGAUUGAGAACCUGCACUACAAGAUAUCGAAGAUGUUUGAUAGCAUCUAUGAGAAGGAUAUGCAGAUCAAGGACAUUGAGAUGAGGAUAAAGCUGAUGAUACAGAACAGGAUGGAGGUAGGUAAUAUUAUAGUCAAGAGCCCAAUAAGCGAUGAUAUUGACACGAAGGUGUUUGAGAAGGUGUUGAUGCUGUUAAGAAAUAAUCCAAAGUAUCUCUCUGGAUUGCUUAUGCAUGUUUCUGACCUGGAUGCAUUUGUGGUAUCCAUAGUAAUUCCGAUAUUUUCAAAUGUGUGUUCGAAGAAGGAGGAAUAUAUGUUUGUGAGCCUAGUGUUGGAGACAUUCCGUAAGGAGCUUCUGAAUGAAGGACUUGAUAUCAGCAAGUUUGUGUUUAUAGACAUGUCACUUGGGAUGCAUUCUAGUGCUUUUUUUUCACUCGAGGUGUUUAAGGAGAUUGAGCUUCCUAUUCAGCAUGAAUUACCAGCAAGCUCGGCAUGUCAUAGAUUGAUGGUGAACUAUUUCAGGGUUGCAAAUAGCAGCUUUGCAAUGCGAGAUGGGAUUCUUAGCAUUGUGAGGAACCUGGAGAAUAUUGAACUGGAUGCAAAUCCGAUGCUUAUAUACAGAGUGCUGUUCAACCAGGAUGUGCUAGUUGAUAAGGCAUUGGAGAACGAAAGAGUAAGAGAAACCGUCCAGACAAGAUUGAUGGUGAUACGUGGAGUGGUUACGUCUGUUCUUGACUUCCUUGAGUCGAAUGUGGAGUCUGUCUCGUACAUUCUAAGAUAUUUCUUUAAGCUUUAUGGAUCUGGAAUGUUUUAUUCUGAGUUUGUAAUGCCGUUUAUUUUGGCACCUGAUGCAUUCAUCGAGUCUUUUGUUGUCAGCAAGGCAUUGAGGAACAAGUGCUUUAUUGUAUCUAAGGUUCUUGGGUAUGUGACAGAUGAGGUUACUGUAUUUGAAGAAUCGGAUUACGGAGAUGAGGGAAUGAGAGAUGAAGAGGUCGACACAUGCAUGAAUGACAUUGAAAAUGAGAAAAGAAGCUUUGAAUUGAAGUUCUAUUCUCCUUUGUAUCCGUUUUUCAAAAAGUGCCGUGAGAGAUAUGUCGAGAUCCUGAGAAGACUUACGAAUGUGAGUAGUCUCGACAAUUAUUUCCAGUUUGAAUCCAUGAAUGAUAUUGGAAGAGUCAAAAAGGCAACAGUGUAUAUGCCGAGUAGUACGGCUAAUCAGCUCACAACUCUGCUUAUGAACAACACAAAUCUACUUGAUCCUGAGAUGUGUGAGAUUUUGGAUACUUUGCCCUUGUUUCCAGAUGACAAGAAUAAGACACUCUCAUUUAUGAUUUUUGGGCCUGAAUGGCUGUGUUCUCAAGAUUCUGAAAAGAUGGCACUUGAUAACUUCAUAAGGGGAUUGAAGAAGAAGCUGAUAUAUGCGAUAUCAGUAUGCAAGGGAAGGAACCUGAUUGAGAUGCUUGUGAAGGAAUCUGACGAAGAAGAGCAGAAUGCAUAUAUGGAGCUGCGCAAGAAUGAAAAGUCUGUGAAGAAUGAUGGAGAGCCUAUGGGAGUGUAUCCACCUGUGCAGUAUGAGACUAUUGAUCAUUUAAAAGAGUCUAUAAUUGAUGAUCUGAACUUUUUGGAAGGCAGGAGAAUCACAACAAGACAUAGUCUGUAUUCUGAGAUGCUGUGCAUGUUGGCACAUGACAUUGUUGUUCUGAGGUUUAUGUCUGAGGAGCGUAGCAAAGAGUUAAGGAUUAACAAGCUUAGCUAUGACAACUUGUGCUACAGAGAUGAUUAUCUGUCAAACAAGAUUGAGCUAUAUCAGAACUACUUGGAAUCGUUUAUAACAAAGCUCGCUAUUAAGAAGAGGCCAUUUUUUGCAUUUAGCAGUUCAACAGAUGAAAUGGUAAGGGAUUCAAAAUAUGGGACAUACAAGUAUAGUGCAGAGAGGUUGAUGAGCAUGGGAGUGUUGGCGCAGAUGUACGAGUGCCUGGACAUGUCUGAGAUAUUCCUUCUAUUCCUUUCUGAUUCGCCGCUACUUUUCAGCAUUGAAGUGUAUGUCCAGAACAUACUGGUUUCACAUCCUGUUUCGUUUAGGUUUGAUGAUCUCCUUAAGUUGAGGAAAAAUGGAAAUACAAUUUGUGACAUAGCAGGAAUAUGUUCUUUCAGUGUAUGUAGAUUUAUUGAUCUCAUGAACUCCAAAUAUGUUGGAUGUGAAGGCUAG